AUGGUUCGACAGUCCCGGUCCGAUAUUGCCCAACUCGUUCCACACGGUCGCUUUAGGGAAGCACUUCCUAAGGCGAAGCAGUUCUAUGAAGAUGAGAGAAGGCUAUUGGCUUACGACCAGGUCAAGUACGUGUGCACAUAUUUACUUCAGAGUUUUUCUCCUCUACUUCAUCAAAGCGAUGUUCAUCUCUUACCAGAUGAAACUAAAGAAGCAAUGGCCGGAUUGAUAUUUUCGGCAUCAAGAAUCGGCGAGCUUAGGGAGCUUCAAAUAAUUAGGAGCUUGUUCGUUCAAAGAUUUGGGAAGGAGUUUGACAAAGAUUGUGUAGAUUUGCGUCCAGGAAACCUAGUGAGCUCGGAGAUAGUCAAGAUUCUAGACACGACCAUUCUGCACGAUGCAAUUACUCCAGAGAUCAUAGUGGCAAUUUCUCAAAAGUACCAAACCGACUUCAUUACUUCUGUGGAUUCCAUAACUGAAGAUUUAGUUUCACUUAAUAAUCUUGGGAUUGCUGAUUCUGAUACGCUUGUAAGGAGAAAGAAAGUCACCAAGGAGAAUCCAAACUGUCUGCAUGCGGAUCGUGGAGAGUCUCAAGGAAGAAGAGAUCGGUCAACGUUCAUGAGAUAG